CUAUAUUAUAUAGCACUCUAUCAAUAGAAACAUAAGUUUUUCUCUCAUCACCUUAUUAGGUUGAAUCAAUGACAAACCAAACAUCUCUUCCCUUCUAUGAAAAACAUAGGUUCAAAUACAAUUUCAAAAGAGUAAUAGAUGUCUUGAUCUUAAUCCUGCUACUACUUCUACUUGGCUACCGAGUUAUCUCUUUGGUCAACAACUACCGUUUCCAUUGGCUUGUUGUUUUGAUAUGCGAAUCAUGGUUUACCUUAGGUUGGAUUUUCACCAUCACCACACAGUGGAAUCCUGCUACUAUUAAAACAUAUCCAGAACGCCUCUUACAAAGGUUGCAAUUGCAAGAGCUUCCGGCGGUUGAUUUGUUUGUGACAACAGCAGAUCCGGUGCUAGAACCGCCGAUAAUGACAGUGAACACAGUUUUGUCAUUGUUGGCAAUGGAAUACCCAAGUGACAAGCUAGCAUGUUAUGUUUCAGAUGAUGCGUGUUCCCCUCUCACCUUCUACGCUCUUCAAGAAGCUUCUAAAUUUGCCAAACAUUGGGUUCCUUUCUGUAAGAAAUUUAAUGUCCAAGUUAGAGCUCCAUUUAAAUACUUCUCUCAUGUGGCUUAUGAUCAUGACUUAUCAACACAACAAUUCAAACAAGAAUGCCUAAGGAUGAAGGACAUGUAUGAUAAUCUUAGCCGCAGAAUAGAAGAAGCUUGCCGAACAUCAAUUCCAUCUUGCCGACUUGAUGGAGAUUUUGCAGUUUUCUUAAACACCCAAAGGGAUAAUCAUCCCACCAUAAUCAAGAUCAUAUGGGAGAAUAAGGAAAAGCAUUCAUCAGAAGGGUUGCCACAUUUGAUCUACAUAUCAAGAGAGAAAAAGCCAAAGCAUCCACAUCAUUACAAAGCCGGUGCCAUGAAUGCUUUGACAAAAGUGUCCGGUUUGAUGACAAAUGCUCCGUUUAUUCUGAACGUGGACUGUGACAUGUUUGUAAACAAUCCAAAGAUUGCAUUACAUGGGAUGUGUGUUUUGCUUGAUCCUAAGGGGCAAAAAGAAGUUGCAUUUGUUCAGUGUCCCCAACAAUUUUAUGGUAAAUUGAAGAAUGAUCCUCUUGGAAAUCAAAUGGUGGUUCUCUUUAAGUACGUGGCAAGUGGAUUAGCAGGGCUUCAAGGACCUUUUUAUGGAGGAACAAACUGCUUCCAUAGAAGAAAAGUUAUCUAUGGUCUUUCGCCAGAUGAAGCAGAAAAAGGAAACAUGUCAGAGAAGAAGCUAAAACAAGAAUUUGGUGCUUCAAAAGAGCUUGUGAAAUCAGCUGCUGAUGUUUUGGAAGGAAGAACAUAUUCUCCUAAUCAUGAUAUCAAUAUUUCCAAAUCACUUGAGUCAGCAAAUCAAGUUGCUAGCUGUGGAUAUGAAUAUGCCACUGGCUGGGGAGAUCAGAUUGGUUGGAAAUAUGGAUCAAUAACAGAAGAUGUUCUAACUGGACUGUCAAUCCAUAAAAAGGGUUGGAGAUCUGAAUUCUGCACACCAGAGCCAAUUGCAUUCACAGGCUGUGCACCAAUUGGGCUUCCAACAUCAAUGGGCCAACAGAAAAGAUGGGCCACUGGAAUGAUUGAGAUCUUCUUUAAUAAGAAGUAUAGUCCACUUGUUUGCACCAUUUUUGGCAAAUUACAUUUUAGGCAAUUCUUGGCUUAUAUGUGGAUUAUGAAUUGGGGCUUCCAACCAAUUUUUGAAGCCUCCUAUGUUUGUCUCCUUACCUAUUGCAUCAUCACCAACUCCAACUUCAUGCCUCAGGGACCAGCCCUAUCAAUUCCUAUUACUCUUGUUGUAAUUUAUAUGCUACAUACAAUAUUAGAGUACUUGGCAACAAAGCUAUCAAUCCAAGAGUGGUGGAACAAUCAAAGAAUGUCAAGAAUAUACAUCAUGAAUGCUAGGUUCAGUGGAUUUCUUGCCCUGAUUCUUAAGCUUCUAAGAAUAUCCAACACUGUCUUUGACAUUACAAGGAAAGAUCAAAAUUUCUCUAGUGAUGAUGGUGAAGAUUGCUUAGAUAAUAACAAUAAUGAUGAUGCUGGUACCUUCACAUUUGAUGAAUCCUCAGUUUUUGUUCCAGGAACUACUAUUUUGCUAAUGCAAUUGGCAGCAAUGGUCAUCAAAAUUAUUGGAUUAGUGGGAUCAAGGAGUGGGAAUAAUAAUAAUAAUAAUAAUAAUAAUAAAAUUAAUAAUAAGAAUAAUGGGUAUGGAUCAGUAUGUGACAUGUUAUGUAGUUUGUAUUUGAUUCUUUGCUAUUGGCCAUUUUUGAGAGGGAUAUUUAGAAGGGGCAAAUAUGGAAUUCCAUUUUCCACAAUUUUCAAGUCAGCAACACUGGCAUUUCUUUUUGUGAGUCUAUGUACACAGACCAUUAGUGGUUAAUUUUAUGGUCUGGAAUGGUUAUUCAUCAUACAUAUAAAUAUUGGUUUUUUUUAUUUUUUUUAAGUUUACAAAUCAAUGAUGUAUCAUUGUUAUC